GCGUGCUGCAAGUUUUGAAAAACCUAGGACACACCUAUUUACAGAAAACCUCGAUUCAUGGCUUAAAGAAUCUCAUUAACCCAAAUCAUAAUACCUUUCAAAGAAUUCUCUGUACUGGUAUUGUCCUAUUCUGUAUGAUUCUGGCUUUGAAAAACAUAUAUACAAGCUACUACAUCUACCAGGGAGCUUUUCAAGAGACAGUCAUGAAAUCAGACAUGCUUAGUAUAUCAGAAGUCCAUUUUCCUGGAGUUGCUAUUUGUAAUCUGAACUCGUUUAAGAAGUCAGCAUUGGUGAAAAUGGCUAACUGGAUGAAAGUCAAUGCAAAUACAACUUUUAAAGAGACAUACAAUUCAUUAAGAAUUUUGACUUCAUUGCGAAGAUUUGCAUUUGUACCAAAAAAGCAGAAAAAACUACUGAGUCUUAUAUUGAUAAAGAAUGGUCAAUAUAGGAAUAUAACACGUAUUGUGAAGGAGUUGUCUCAUAGUUGUGACGAUAUGCUAAAAGUUUGCAAGUUUAAUAGAAUUAUAUUUCCAUGCAAAAGUCUCUUCAAGUUUGGCAUAGUACCUGGCAGCCAUGGCUGUUGUUUAUCGAAAAACACCUACAUAGCUGGUCAUUCUUCAGGAUCGUCCAUUUGGAAAGCAGAAUCAAGUGGCCUAGUUACCGGUCUGUAUUUAAGCUUGGAUUUGGAGAUUAACGAGUACGUUCCACAGGCUAGACUGCCAGCAAAUGGGGCUGAGAUAAUGAUAUUUGAUCAUCGUUCACAUCCAUUCAAGACCUCCAGCUUUGGUGUGACUUCCAUCUUGGCCGCAUACAAAGAAGCCACCUUCGUCUCCAUUGAUGUUUCAGUUGAGAGCAAUAAUUAUUCAAUUGGAGAUGAUGGAAGUGUUUGUCGGAGAUACAUGCGUUCUCCUACCAAGCAAAUGCCGUACAGCACUUCAGAAUGCUUAUUCCGAUGCAUGAUGGCCAAGCUACACAUCCCAUGUGCGUGCUCCUUCUAUCAACAUGACUUCAAAGGAGAGUAUGCGGAAUGCGCUAUCCGUGGAUUAGAGUGUCUCCGAGAACAACGACUCAAAAUAGAAGCUGAAUUUGACGGUGUGGACCAAACUCCAUCUCUAAUGACGCAGUGCAAGUGUCCGUUAGCUUGUGAUUCUCUACUGUAUAUAUCCACACCAUCAUCUAUUGCUCUUGAUCAAUCAAGCGAAACACUGAAUGAGACUCACGUUUAUAUCUUUUUUGAAAAUCCAUUUGUGAACCUAUUCGUGCGAGAGCCGAUUUUUACUGCUGAAAAGCUAUUCCUUCAAAUUAUUGGACAAUGUUCAUUAUUUUUCGGUGGGAGUUUAGCCAGCAUUGUUGAGCUAAUCUACUUCAUCACUUUGAGGCUGCUCUGUGAGCUCUACACCAAUCAGAAGCCCAGGAAAGAGAUGGAAAAGGGCGAGAGAAGAAGGCUGGAUAUGGAGGAGAUAUGUGAGGGAACCAAAGAGGGGAAGAUCUAUUGGAAUGAAAUUCUCGCUAACAUCGACUAACUCUUACUAGCCCAAGAUCGCUCAAGAAUCUUUUGAAAGAAAGGCUAGAAAGACUCUGGCCUACUCCUCUUGGACUGGGCGUCUAUAGAAAUAAACAGAUGAAUCCGCACCAAUGAUGCACAAAAAUGUAGUACUAAAUUUGUUUGAUAUGAAUGCACAGCACUAAACGUUGAUAUUGAAUAAAUAUAGUACAUUGUAUUUAAUAAGUUGA